UGGUGAAGUAGAAACACCAACAAACUCCAAAAUCCUAAAGAUGGGAACAAAAGCAAACAUGGCUUCUUCUCUCACCACCACUUUGGUGGUGGCAGCUCUUGCCAUCUUCUUGCCGGCAAUAGCCAAUGCUAACUACCACUACGCUUCUCCUCCACCACCAUACCACUACUCAUCCCCGCCACCGCCAGUGCACUCUCCUCCACCACCAUACCACUACUCGUCCCCACCGCCGCCAGUGCACUCCCCCCCACCACCAUACCACUACUCAUCCCCACCGCCACCUAAGCACCACUACGAGUACAAAUCACCACCACCACCGACCCCGGUGUACAAGUACAAGUCUCCACCACCGCCACCUAAGCACCCGUACGUGUACAAGUCACCACCACCACCAACUCCCGUGUACAAAUACAAGUCACCACCACCACCAACACCGGUGUACAAAUACAAGUCUCCUCCACCACCUAAGCACCCGUAUGUUUACAAGUCCCCUCCUCCCCCAACACCCGUCUACAAGUACAAAUCACCACCACCACCAACCCCGGUGUACAAGUACAAGUACCCUCCUCCACCAACACCCGUCUACAAGUACAAGUCACCCCCACCCCCAACCCCGGUGUACAAGUACAAGUCUCCUCCACCGCCAACUCCAGUGUACAAAUACAAGUCACCACCACCACCAACCCCGGUCUACAAGUACAAAUCUCCACCGCCGCCGGAGCACAAGCCAUACUACUACUCUUCUCCACCUCCUCCUCACCACUACUGAUCAGCGAAUAUUCAAUGAUAUGGGAAUGUCUGAAAAAGACAACGUGGCUGUGGACUGAAAGAGAUGGAUCCAUGCAUGAGGAGAAGAAAAAUUAAAUGAGGAAAACUAUAUUAUUAGCAAUAAGCCAAAGGCAGACGCUCUUUCCAUAUUUUAUUUUGUGUGUUUGUUUGAUGUUUAGUGCAAAAUGUUCCCAUGUUUCUGUAAUUUCAUAUUUUCUAUAUUGUUCAAUUCUAUAAAUGGUGUUCCUUUUCUACUUUUCUCAA